GAGCAAUGCAAGUUGACAGGCUGACAUGUAUGCUUGAUACCCAGCACACCAGAAUAAACACUCAGGAACAGUGAUUUUGGCAUGCGAUUUGUGAGUGGAGGCAACACUGAAAGUGAAGAAAAUUGAAUCAAAAGGAUCUCAUUUUUGAUAUUCAGUAUGAAUACAUCAGAGUAUGAGUCAUACUUGGAGGACUAUGAUUAUAAUGACACCUGUGAUCAGGAUGGCGGUCCAGAGUUGCCCAAUGGAACCACAAUAUUGCACAUGCUGUACUACAUGCUGAUUUUUCUAAGUGUGCUAGGCAACACCACUAUUUUCUGGGUUCUCACCCGGUACAUAAAGUUGAAAAGUAUGACGGAUGUAUGUCUGCUCAACCUGGCUCUGUCUGACCUCAUACUGGCUGCAUCCCUGCCCCUCUUGGUCAACUAUCAGAACCUCGCAACCUGCAAACUGCUGACAGGAGUCUAUCAGGUGGGCUUCUACAGUGGAAAUCUGUUUGUGACCCUUAUGAGUGUGGACCGCUACUUGGCUAUUGUCCAUGCUGUUGCAGCCAUGCGAGCGCGCACACUUCGCUAUGGAAUCAUAGCCAGCAUCACUAUCUGGAUCAUUUCAGUCAUCAUGGCAAUCCCUGGGUUGAGAUUUGCCGCCUUGGAGAUAGAUCCAGAAGACAACAGCUCAGUGUGCCAGCCAUUCUACCCACAUGAGAGUCAGCAUUUGUGGAAGAUGCUGCGAAACUUCAGCGAAAACACAGUGGGGCUAUUUGUGGGCCUCCCCAUCAUGAUUUUCUGCUAUGUGAAAAUACUUGUUGUGCUGUCCAAGUCCAGGAACUCCAAAAAAGACAGAGCUAUAAAGCUAAUAUUCACAAUAGUUUGCGUGUUUGUCAUUUGCUGGGUCCCCUACAAUGUUGUGGUUCUUCUUAAAACUCUACAGCUGUUCCUGGAAACCCUGAAAACCUGCCAGGCUGAAAAAGCCAUCAACUCUGCAAUGAGCUAUGCUGAAAUCAUUGCACUGUCUCACUGCUGUGUGAAUCCAAUCAUCUAUGCAUUUGUAGGGGAGAAGUUCAGGAAGUCCCUGCGUAAUGCGCCGACUAGGUACUUCUGCUGGAGGCAGCUGAGCAGAGGGACUUUUAGCCACAGAGACACCACCGAGAAAGAGACGUCCAACACGCCUGUAAAAUCAGAUUAUUAAGAAUGCUACAAACACAUUGUUACAAAGACAGUGCAGUGUGUGUGUGUGUGUGUGUGUGUGUGUGUGUGUGUGUGUGUGUGUGUGUGUGUGUGUGUGUGUGUGUGUGUGUGUGUGUGUGUGUGUGUGUGUGUGUUGUGUUGCAUGUGGUUGCUGCUUCGAAGAGGUGAAAAAGAAGAAAGGAUGAUUUUAUUUGGAAAGUGUACAAAAUAUUAUGAAACAUGUAUGGAAAUCUUAGACAAAAUAAAAUGUGCUUAUUUCUUUUUAGAAUAAGUGAGAACA